GCCACAGCAAAUGCACCCAUUCCUGAAACAGAUGUAUGAGAAGGUGAGGACAAACUAAAUGAAAUAACUAAAGUAAAUGAAAUGAAAAAAAACUGUGCUCAUUACAUGGUAAUUUGCAAAUAGAAAAUUCCAAUUUGUGUUUCACUCAAACCAGGCUCUUACCAUGCAGAAAAAGCUCAGGCCAUAUCAAGCAACAGUCACCAACAGCAGAGAAGAGCAGUCCUCCCACGACACCCAGAAUACUCUGACCUCCAUUCCAGCUCAGCACUACUGCGGCCAAUAGGAGGACUGGUGCUGACUUGACACCUGCGGACAAGAUGGAUGUGGGCGAGUCAGGAGUCCACAGUUCCUGGAGUCGUGGGCCGGUACUUGUGCUUCAAGCUGGGAGACACAGCUCUGGAGGCGUGUGGGAUUUUUGGGACAUGGCAGCCAGCUCUUCUUCCCUGAGGAUUGGAGUCGUAGGAUAUGGACAUCUAGGGCAGUACCUGGUGGAGAGGAUCCUUAAAGAUGGAGCUGCUCAGGGUUUGACUCUGGCUUUUGUUUGGAACAGAAAUUCUGACAAGCUCAAAGGUUUAGUUCCUGAUGAACUCAUACUUGGUGAUCUAUCAUCUUUUGCAGACAGGCGAAGUGAUGUGAUUGUAGAAGUGUGCCAUCCUCAGAUUGUGACAGAAUUUGGGCUCCACUUCCUGUCUCAGUCUCAUUUUAUGGUGGGCUCUCCCUCUGCCCUCUCUGAUCCUGAUCUGAACAAGAGGCUUCGUCAGGCGGCUCAGCAGUAUGGUAGGACACUCUACGUCCCCAGUGGUGCAUUAUGGGGAGGCCAGGACAUCCAGAGGCUGAAUGAUAGUGGAGCCUUAAAGGCUUUGUUUAUAAGAAUGUCCAAGCACCCGUCCUGCUUCCGGCUAACAGGAGACGUCCUCUCUGACUGGACGGAGGGAGAGGGCAGGCGGAUUUUAUUCAGAGGCUCAGUGGCAGAGCUGUGCCCAAUGGCUCCUAACAAUGUUAACACCAUGGCAGCAGCAGCGGUGGCAGCAGGAACACUCGGCUUUGCCGGUGUUCAGGGGGAGAUUGUGUCUGACACAGCGUUAAGUGACUAUCAUGUGGUGGAGGUGGAGGUGACAGGGCCUGAUGGCUUCUCAGUACACACAGUGAGGAGGAAUCCAGCCAGACUCGGGGCUGUAACUGGCAGUGCAACAUACAACUCCUUCUGGAAUAGUUUACUCGUUUGCAAAGGUCACGGGGGCCGAGUUUACUUGUGCUGAAGCAGCUGAGGACUCCAGAGGAUUACCUAUAACACAGCAAGAGGAUCCACCGCAAAAUUCCAGAUAAAUUAGAUGGCUUAUGGUGGAUAAGUUGUGUGGAUGGUGGAUCACUGGAUCAGUAUGUUACUGAGAAUUUGAAAACCCUUGGAUAUUUGUGUUCCAAUAAACAGCAUGCACACAAACAAAGAAGAGCCAGUUAUCAUUUCUAAAACACUAACAGGUAGAUAUAUAUAUAUAUAUAUAUUUAAACUUUAUUAUAAGUUCAUCUGGUGCAAGAUUGUAACAAAUGAUAAAACUCUUACAGGGAGUGACAGUAUAUUCCUGG